AGAAAGUGGAAUUCUGCCCUGUCACUUGAGGGUUAAAACAGGGCGGGAGGGAGCUUGACGUAUUCUGCAUAGUGCAAAACAGCAUUGCAACAUCAAUAACCAGCACUAUAACAACUCCGGGCAUCCCACAGCACGUUUUAUUCACCGCUGGUUUCUUACAACACCGGCAAAAGAGGCCUAUCUCAAAAAAACAUGUGUUUCGUAUUUAUAAAUACAAAAAAGAAAUAAAGCUAAAUAGUACAUUUUUUCUUUCGCCUCAAAAGAGGGCGUUGCAGGAAAACAGAAGGUGACAUGUCUUUGGGCAGAAGAUAAGCGUGCGACGCUUGGAGGAGGAAGCCGACACGUAAAAGGAUGAAACAGGCGCAGACUGAUCGCGGCGUGCGGGUACCGACGUAGCUAGGUGCAAGGAAAACCCCAAGCACCGAGACCAGAAACCAGGGCUGAUGCGAAAAUGCGAGGCGCGUGGAUCUCCCUCCGUGCAGGUGGAUCGUUAACCUGAUGGCACGGUUUAAUCUUUCUCGUAUAUCUGCGCCUAGUUUCGGGUCAGUGCUGCUCUGGGUCUUAGGAUGGUUAGCGGAGACGCUCGGCGGUAAGAACUGAUCGUGGGCGAGAGGAGCCAUGCUGCCCGGCGUCGGGGUGUUUGGCACCAGCCUGACGGCCAGGGUGAUCAUCCCCCUUCUGAAGAAUGAGGGCUUCGCCGUCAAGGCGCUGUGGGGACUCACUCAAGAAGAAGCCGAGGAGCUGGCCAAGGAGAUGAACGUGCCCUUCUAUACGAAUCGGAUCGACGACGUGCUGCUGCACCAGGAUGUGGAUUUGGUGUGCAUCAACCUACCUCCCCCGCUCACCAGGCAGAUUGCCGUCAAGACAUUGGGUAUCGGCAAGAAUGUCAUCUGCGACCGGACCGCCACCCCGCUGGACGCCUUCCGCAUGAUGUCAGCGGCCCAGUACUACCCCAAGCUGCUGAGCAUCAUGGGAAAUGUGCUGCGCUUCCUGCCGGCCUUUGUGCGCAUGAAGGAGCUGGUGGAGGAGGGCUUCGUGGGCGACCUGCUGGUGUGUGAGGCACAAGUGCAUGGCGGCAGCCUGCUGGGCCGCAGGUACAACUGGAGCUGCGACGAGCUGAUGGGCGGCGGCGGGCUGCACUCUGUGGGCAGCUACCUCAUCGACCUGCUGGCGUUCCUCACCGGCCGCAAGGCGGCCAAGGCGCACGGGCUGCUCAAGACCUUCGUCAAGCAGACGGAGCACAUCCGCGGCGUGCGGCAGAUCACCAGCGAUGAUUUCUGCACCUUCCAGAUGGUCCUAGAGGGCGGCGCCUGCUGCACAGUCACGCUGAACUUCAAUGUGCCUGGCGAGUUCCGCCAGGAGGUGGCGGUGGUGGGCUCGGUCGGCCGCCUCAUGGUUUGCGGCACGGACCUGUACGGCCAGAAGAACGGCGCCCCCUGUCGGGAGCUGCUGCUCAAAGACGACACGCCGCUGGGCAAUGCCUCGCUGCCCGAGAAGGCCUUUAGAGACAUCCCAGCCCCCUACCUCACCGGUACCGUCUGCAUGGUUCAGGCCGUUAGGCAGGCCUUCCAGGGCCAAGAGGACCGGCGUACCUGGGACGGCCGGCCGCUCACCAUGGCGGCCACCUUUGAGGACUGCCUCUAUGCCCUGUGUGUGGUGGACACUAUCAAAAAGUCCAACCAGUCAGGGGAGUGGCAGAAUAUCGUGGUCAUGACUGAGGAGCCCGAGGUUAGCCCCGCCUACCUGAUGAGCGAGGCCAUGCGGCGCAACAAAUUGUCCCUGUAUUGCUAGCACAGCCCCAAAUGAUUAGCUGUACGGAGUGCUGAGCCCCGCCCCUUUCCCCUUGGGCUUCCUGGUGUCCCUGGAGACAGUCCCCACCUGCUUUGCGGCACCAGAUAGGAGGGGUCAGUUUUGCCACAAGGCCAUGUGUGAUAAUCACGGUCAAUGAAGUUGUUCCAAAGCUCCCGCUCAAAAAAUAAACACAGACUCCCUGAUGAUCCCUCCCUUUCCUAAGAUCAGAUAGCUUUGAAAGGAUGGUCUUAGAACGUGAGGAAUAAAAACAAUCCUUUUUCCAAGGAAAGCUGGUUAUUUAGGUGUCAACUUUUUUAAAAUCAUUCAGUUGGUCCGUUACCUGUGGCCAUUUGCAAAACUGGAGAUGAUAGUCUGAAAACCACUAUGAGAGGUACUGUGAAGAAGUAUGCAAUAAACUUGCUUGGAUCCCACUGGAAUCCCAUCGCCAUGCGUGGUUCUCAGUCUGGCAUUCUGGCCUUGUACCUGUAUGUCUCCAUGCAAUAUGAGCAGACCGCAGGCACUAGCACAACCUCGUGCCGUCCGUCGCGUGGCCCGUCCGUCGCCGCACGGCCUUGUUGUUAAUUGUCUUUGCCGUCACUGUUCAUUUGCCUAUGAUAACAGCCUGUGAAUUCCCCAAGCUUGCUAUUAGAAAGCAGAUUCUACGCGUACCAGAGAAGGGGGGAAGGAUGAAAGUGAAGAAGCUAAAUCCUCCAGUGUAUCAAUGCUUGAUUGAGAAACGUCUGGAUAGCAUGUGAAUCUGGGUCCAUGUUGGGCAGGAGCAGGCUGAGGAGAAGUUGGCAGUUCUGAUAAAUAGCCUUAGACUGGCUUGUGACGAUAACCCCUUUUGCAGAAGAUACUUCAGUGUACACCGUCCAUUUGAUGUCCCUGUAAAUGACCCAGCUGCAGCGGACAAAAAGGUCCCCAUUCCAGAACUGCACUAAAGAACUAGCUGAAGAUGGUAUUUUACAUACAGGAAAUGAAUGGCAGUGCGGAAAACUGGAAUCAGUAACAAAGAUAAAUGGCAAGAAACAGCUUCAUUAUGGCAAUGUGUGCACACAAUGACACGAGCAGUGGCUUUCAGUGUUGGGAAGUCUUUGGGACGCAAGAACAUUGCUUAGUGUCUUGGGGCUGAUGCGACUAGAGGACUGGCCCAUGAACCUGAAUUUUUCUGUCCAGUUGGCAUUUCUAUGACCUUCGGCCCUCAAACUCUCGCUUUUAAAUGAUCGUAUUUCUGUGGACCCCCAGUUUUUUCCCAUUUUAGACCACUUUCAGUGGAGAAGUCCUUAACUUUUUUAUUUUUUGAUCCCUCGUUAAUACAAACAGAUUGUUGACUCGUUGCCGUUACUUUCAUCGGAUUGUAUAGACAUUUAGAAAACGUAUUUAGAGAGAUUAUCUGUUUUUCCAUUCUUGGUGCCUGAAUGGAAGUGAAAUUUAUUUACGCGGAAAGGCAAGAAAAGAUCAGAGCUUUCAGUGUUACAAUGGGAAUCCCAGCUGUAAAACUAUGAAAUUGUUUCCUCGCUUGACAGUGUGAAGUGGGGGUCUCCCGGGAGUCUGACUGAAUAGCUAAGUGUUAUGCAUUGUGUCAGCACUAAUUUCAUUUAUAGUUGCUAUCUUAACAGUGCAGUGAUACCCAGUAACUAUAUGUUACACCAAAGUCUGCAGUACUUUCGUAUUUUUAGAUAGGCCUAUUUCACAUUUGUUCUGAAUAUCAAUAUUAAGUACCUAAACAUAAGAAAAAACAUGUCGUGUCUUGAGUUUCUUUGUCAUCUUUUAUAUUCUUUCUUGCUGAGUAAUUCGUACCUUAGGGUAGAAGGAGAAUGUAGGCCUAUUCAGUCCCGUCCCGGUCCCGUGUUAGCAUAGCAUUUCAGCUAAUAGUCGUCUGAUUUUCCACUAGUGGUCAGGAUUUCUGCCAUCCCCGCUGCUUGGGCUGUGUUAUUUCCGUGUUCCCCCUCUCGAUUUCCAUCAUGACCCGAACGAGGGACGCCACGCUGAGGCCGUGUGUCAUACUCUGCCUCCUUUGCGUCCUGCAAAAUUAAUAGGGGUCUUGUUAAGAAAGGGUGUUAAUGGAAUAUUUCACCCGUGAAUGAAGAGUGAGCAAAGUCCGACCCACCUGGUGAUGGAGGGAACCGAGAUUUAUUGUGCGUGCAAUUGGACCUUCCAUAAAAGGCAUGAUGAAUCCUAGAUGUUACAGAUUCAUUCAAAAAAAAGAUUUCCUUCCCUAAUAACAAGUAGGUCAAUUCCCUAAUAAUGACGCAACAUUGCUGAAAGUAACAUGGCUGUGUGUGCUUUCCAUCCAAACUUACUGCAAUAGGCUUAUUUAUUUUUAAAAAAAUCAUUGCUCUGUGAAGUGUCCAGUCAAAAAAAAAUAAAAAAUCUAAAGUUAGUUUUUCCUCCUUCUUGGGACAGAAAUGAUAGACAUGUUGUCUGUCAAGUGAACCUGUCACUAAGUCUUCCACUGUAUUUAAAAAAUAUUAAUAAAUAGUCUCUUCUCUGAUGUGUAACUUGCAUUUUUAGUAUGAAACAGAUUGCAGCUGGUACAGUGUCACUGCAGUUCUCAGAAGCUCGUUGUUGCAUGGAGCGGUCUGGGAUGUGACUGAGCUUGGUGGUCAGUGCUGCAGUGUCAGAGCAGUGGUUCUUGAAGGGCUUGAUGAUCUGUUCGAUGGACUCGUCCUUUCUCAUCCCAAGGACCCCCCUACGAGCCUUAAACCUCGAUCCUCGACCCUCAAAGACGUAAAAGUCCUGGAGAUAUUUUGCAAACCGUUCCUGGGAGUCGACCCGAAUCUCUCCCCCAGAAGAUGCGGCUCUUCAAACUGGACGAGGCCUCACAACUAUCCUAAACUGUGUCGGCACGAUGGACCGAGAUCCCACAGUUGUCCAUUGCACCGUGCCUGAGUUGGCUCUCCCUUUAAAGUGCAGCAGAGGUUCUACCAUGGUUAUAGCGCGUUCUGGCAAUAGGAAUAUUUGAUUCUUAAAUACUGUUUAAACAGAUGUAUUUGAUGCAUAGCCUUUCCGUUCUUUUCCCUAUGUUCUUGUUAAGAAUGUCCAAUGUCAAUAUUAUCCUCAGCAAAAAGAGCAGACCCUCUUUUUCACAUCUUACUUUAAUCCUGUUAAUAUGUAUUGCAAAUGUAACAUCAACAUGUGGUUUGUUAAAAUACUGCUGUUAGUUUUUUUAUGUGACUUAGUCUUUUUUUUAUUAUUUUAAUUGCUCUGAUACAUAGCUCACUGUCAUGUACAGACGGCUUUUAUUGUAUGAGGUAAGAAAUAUCAUGUUGCCAAGACUUCUGAAUGGCUGCUGUGCCCUUAAGGAUUCCUGUAUCCUGUUUGGGUGUGUCUGACUUUUCCUCUGAGCACUGGAAACAACAGAGAGAGGUUGCGACUGAAGGUUACGUGUGCGAGCGUGCGUGCGUGCGUGUGUGUGUGUGUGUGUGUGUGUGUCUCUGCACUCUCAUGUUCAAACAUACUGCUACGCUGUGCAGAAAUCUCAGGGCAGCCUUUCUAAAUGGGUGAAUUUUAGCUCCAGGGGCUGGGGACAAAUGAGGAAGAAGGUGGGGGCUCUUUGUCAUUAGCUCACAGAUAGGAUUGUCCUCAGUGACAGCAAAUUGAUCCCCUGUUUUGAUGAUGGCAAUUUAUGAAAAUUACUGUGACAAUAGAGAUGGCAUGUUUUUUUUCUCUUCCCUCCAUGACUACAGCAUAAAAAGCGGUGGUAGGAUCUUUAGGUUGAGUUUUAUAAUGGCGGCCCUGCAGAAACACACGCUUGUCAAAAUCGGACGGGAACGGGAGUUAAUAUGGCGUAGGGUGGGUGGGGCGCAGACCCAGGGGUUCCACUGUGCCUCAGAAGCUAGGCAGCAUCAAAGAGGUGCUCUUUGAACAGCCCACCAGCCUGUAUCCUAGCAACCGGCUCUGGCUGCCAUUGUGCCAAAACAACUUUGCUCUCCCACCCCUUUGAGUCAAAGUGGGUGAAAUUUUGCAGUAGUCAUACAGUAAGUGGUCACACGGUGACUGGUCCAGCUGGGAGAGAAGGACCUGGCAGAUCAGUUUUAUGGCAGAACCAGUGAUGCGCUGCUUCCCCUGUUGCCCCUGUUGUACCCAAGGCCAGAGAAUUCCCAUAAUUCUGCUGGUAUGCGUGAGUGCCAGUCCACUUUUGUGGUCUGAAAGUGCUGGGCAGCUCUUGACGCUGAGGGGAUUGGAAGGUCAUCAAAGCUCACAAAUAACCUCCGAGUCCUUCUGGCUGGUUACGUGCCCAAGUCCGCGCGACAGUGACACCAUCUGACCGCUAGUGAUCCACGCGGUGUCAAAAAAAAAAAAAUCAUUGUAAAAACAGAAAGUCAGGCCUUUGAAAUAAUUAUGCUAGAGCUGCUCUGCUAAUUUACUUUAGGCAAAAAAAUGCACCUAUAACAUAAGGUGCCUUUUCCAAAUGCGACAAUAAUGACAGCAAGUACAUAUCCGUGAAUAUAUGCUAACGUUUAACCUUGUGAAAAAUUUGGAGAUGCCCUUAUAACGACGGGGUAUGAUGAUUGAUAGGUAUAUAAAGCACAUUAUAUAUUUAUCAGUGGAGCAGAUGCUGUUUUCCUGUUUUAUUCAACCACGUUUGGAACGAGUAGCAUUUUUUUAAGGUUACAAGUGCCGUUUCCCAGCUAACAGAGUACAAGGCAGUGUUUUCUUUGCAUCAUGUUGCACAUUGUUGUCCUAAUUAGUAGGGCGGGGCACAGAACCCUGCGGGACCCGGCUCUUAUUGGGAUUGUUUAACACCAGAUCCGCUGUAGCACGUCAAUCAAAAUACUGAAGUAUUUGUGGGAAUUGUUUUCAUUAUUACCUGGCCGAAUAGUAUCAUCAUAGUUUCCUCAUACAGUUUCCCCCGAAUAUUUUCAGGGAGAAAUUCGAGCUCAAUGGUUUUGCGUAGUGCAGUUGCUGUAAAGUCCCGAUUCUAGGACCUGUCUUUAAUAACCACGCUAGAUACUGGCGCCCCCUCGCUUCAUCCAUUUUUCCCCAUCAGUGGAGAUUUUAGUUAAUUUUAUUGUAUCCAGCCCCCCCGCGUGAACUUCUUCAGUGGUCUUCCACGCCCAGGACUAUCAUCAUGUUUGCAAAUGCUGCCUGUUCUCAUCACUGUAUGCUCGGCUGUUCACACCAACAGAACUGUCUUUUUUGAUGCAGUAUUUGUGGUGACUAUUUAUUGUGUUUUAUGUAUAUCGUGUAUGCAUGGACUCGCGUAUAUAUUUUGCACUGAUACAUAUUUAUCAGACCCAAAAUAGAGAAUGUACUGUAGAAAUAUAAAGACUAUAUUUUAUAUAAAUGUGAUAGUUGCAGUACGAAUGGGGGAGGCGGGUUAAACUGUGAUGUUUCCUGUUUUGUUUGCGUUAAAUGGAAAGGCAUGGUACGCAGAUAUGUCUGUUAGACUUUUCAUAUCGUGGCUGGUUCUGUGAACCUGCUCAUUACCUGCUGUACUCUUUCUGCUCCAGUACUCUGCAUUGUUACUGUAUGUUCCCGAAGAAUGCAGCUCAUCUGACCAGAUCACCCAGGAUAUGAAGCCUGUAAUGCAAUUUACAAGUACGGUACUUGUCCGAUGCUUUGGUUACUGUGGAAUAAUAAAUUACGAUGCAAAACGGC